AAUGACUGGACAGCCUUAAAGCUGCGUUCAAGAGAGCAAGAACUGUUCGCAAACUCCAACGAUCAGAAGCUGCAAAUGAGAAAAACAGUCCUCACCAAUUUAUUUUUGCACAUUUCUUGGACAAGUUUAAGGAUUUGCACUGUAAAUCCUUGUACUAUGAAUUUAUUCGUUUGAAUAAUGUUCGCUAACAACUGAAAAACAAUCUUGAACGCGACUUAUAGCGACCAUUGACAACCAGGACGAUGGUGACCGUAGUCGAGCUGCUGAGUCUCCUGUUGGUGUCGGUGCUGUGGGGCUGCACCAAUCCUUUCCUAAAGAGAGGGACUGAGGGGAUAGAAAAUGUGACAAAAACCAGCAAAGUGGCACAGCUGCUGGCGGAGCUCAGGUUUCUCUUUCUUAACAUCAAGUACCUGGUCCCAUUUCUAUUAAACCAGAGUGGUUCAGUGGUCUACUAUUACACACUUUCAACCACAGAGUUAUCGUUUGCUGUUCCUGUAGCCAACUCCCUCACCCUUCUUUGCACUCUGCUGACUGGCAAGUUUCUAGGGGAAGAGAUUGGAGGCAAACAGGCUGUCGUAGGAAUGUUCCUCACCAUGGCUGGCAUCACUCUGUGUAUUAUAAGCUCCAUUGAUGAUACUGGCAGAGAUACUGGGAAUCAGAAUAUGACCCAACCCGUGUACUGAAGGAGAUCAGGAUUAAAGCCAUUUCCUCUGCGCCCUCAAAUAAAUCCUUCGCCGUAAAUGGAAAGAAGGGCGAUGAAGUUGGAGCAGGAUUGAAGAGGAUAAUUUAGAUUCAGAGAGCAGCUCCUGAGAGCAGCGAUGCUGAUGGGAGAAUUGUGUCUAAACUAACUCAAGCUUCAAAAGGCCUGUCCAGAAAACUCUCACACCAUGUUGAGGGGGGAAGCGGGUUCAUGGAGAGUUCACCACAGAGCUUGACUCGAUUUAUGACGCUCGCAUAGAAAAGCGGUGGUUGUUAACUUUUACUUUUAAACGCUCCGCUGCUCCUGCCAUGUGACUGGCAUCUGCAUAGAUGCUGCAGAGACCACAUAUAAAUAA